GUAUUAGAAGACAAUGUUCAUGUUUAAAAGAGUAAUUCAUCCUUCCACAAGCUGAAAACAAGGCAGCUCGCGAGCUUAGCUCGACAAGCCACUGAACCAAGCUAGCUCGCGAGCUUAUCAAGCUGAGCAUGGUCUAGCUCAGGCUUGGCUCGUUAACUAACGAGUUGGCUUGCGAGCCGGCUUGUUAAAUAACGAGUCGAGUGUCGAACGAGUUUUUUCCGAUUCGAACGCCGAGUUGCUCGCGAGCGGCUUGGCUCAUUUGCAGCCCUAGUUCCAAUGGUGAAAUGAAGUGAAGGAGCUCCCCGGUACAAGGAGUCCUUGGUUUUGAGUGUUGUGAGUCCCUUUGUCCAUGAACUGACUGUCUUACUUCUACUUCUUCUCAUGAUCCUGGCUUGAGUCUAGUACUCGCAUUGAGAGAGAUAGGGGACGUCUUAGAAGACCAGUUGACCUCGUAAGCUGCUAUAUGAUCUAGGAAAUCCUCUACCGACGAUCAGGGUUGUUUAUUGCUAUAGAGGUCUGGAGAUCUGCAUUGGUUUGAGUUAGGUUUGCUUGGGGACAAGCAAACGGUUAAGUGUGGGGGAAUUUGAUAACAUCGUAUUUGCACAUGUUUUCACCCUCGUUUCUUGAUCAUUUUGGCUUGAUUUUCUGCUUUCUUGGACUAUUUUAUGUUAGGUUGUGUUCCUUUGUCACAUUUCAGGUCCUAGCAUGUGAAUUGAAGCAUAGGCGCAAGUUUCAAGUCAAUCGAAGAUCAUUUGGCAAUUCGGGAGAAGAAACACGAGCAUGACCUGAGGAAUAAUGGACUUCUACCUCAUAUUAUGGACAAAGAAUCAUGCAAGCUUGUCAUGAAAAGAAAGAGGACGAGACUACGAGCGUUUGGGAUCAAACGACGACUGAUUCGGAGUCCGGACGAGGGAGAAAUGAAGCAUUAAACAGAGGUUGGGUAAGCCACACGGGCAUCCUGGAACUCCACACGGCCGUGUGGGUCGUGACCGUGUGGAAAUCACCGAGCCUUCACACGGGCAGCUGGGAAAGCCACACGGCCGUGUGGCCUGGCCGCGUGAUCGGAAACUUCUGUUUAAAACCCAAUUUUCAGCAAAAGGAAAUGGGAGAGCUGGGUUUUUGGUUCCCAAACACCCAAGGGACGAACCCUAGAGAGAGAGAGAGCAACUUGGGAACAUUCUUGAUAAAGCACCAGGGGGGGUGCUUUUGAUCAAAGUAACGCAGCAAACACACUCUCGAACGAUAAUGAUGGAAAAGGUAGAAUUUCGCCACAAUCAAGGUGAUUACUUGAUUGAUAAGAAACUUGUAAAACGAAUCUGGAAUCCUCACAGAAAUGCCUCACAAGGGUUCUCGAAUUAGCAAUGGAAUUCCUCACACGACUAACUCAAGGGUUUGAUUCUUGAGAACUCUCAAAGAACACAAUUCUCACAAAGGAGCAAUUUUCAUUCAACUAAAACUUGGAUCCCUUACAACGUGAGAAUGAAAGCUAUUUAAAGACAAUAAAAACCUAAUACAAACCUAAUAGAACUAGGAAACUAAUUAGAACAGAAAAAGGCUAAAUAAUUCGUUCAAAACAAGGUAACUUGCUGGCCAAGAAACUGACUUAAAACGC